CUUAAAUUCAAGAACGACAACUCAACUGCGCAUUGCAAAUUGCAUUGAUUUCUCGCUUUCCAGACUACUCAGAGGAUCAGACGAUACGUUUCUAGCCAGUUCAUUCAAGCUCUACAUUAUCUAAUCAAAAUGGAGACUGCUCAACGUUGGAUCCCACUAGAAUCAAACCCCAAAGUGCUGAACAAGUAUGUACACAACCUUGGCAUGGACUCCAACUGGAAUUUUGUUGAUGUGUAUGGUUUUGAUGCAGAGCUUCUAGCUAUGAUCCCCAAGCCUGUUGCUGCUGUUGUUCUUCUGUUUCCUGAUGCAAAAGCUAGUGAGGUGAUUGGAGAACUCCAGUCUGAUUACCCUAAAGAUUUGUACUACACCAAACAGACUAUUGACAAUGCCUGUGGAACUGUGGCUUUAGUGCAUGCAUUAGCUAACAACCAGGAUCAGAUAAACUUUGAUGAUACUAAACACUUCAAGACAUUUCUUGAAUUGACCAGCAGUUUAAACCCAGACGAGAGAGCAAAAUUUUUAGAGGAAGACAAUAAAAUGGGAGCUGCACAUGAUGACUGUGCUCAGGAAGGUGAUACUCAGGCACCAUCACUUGAUGAAAAAGUGAAGUCCCAUUUUGUUACCUUUGUUCAUUUCAAUGGAACACUGUACGAGUUAGAUGGUAGAAAAGAUGCUCCAGUUGUUCAUGGUAAAACAACACCUGAGACAUUCCUGGAGGAAACUGUUGAAGUUGUCAAGAAGUUUAUGGCACGUGAACCUGAAAAUGUCAACUUCAAUGUGAUGGCUUUGGCCAAAGGCAGUUUGGAAGAUUGAGAUUGUCCUCUGACAACAUGAGACACCCUGUAGAUGAAGCUGGAAUUGCUUUCAUCAGUAUUAAUAAUACAAAUGCUUAUUUGGUUUUAAGUGCCAUGCUUGAAUUCUAAUGUUAAUUUAUUUUUUAUUCAGUUCUAGCUUUAAUAGUUGUUAAAAAUCUUUAUGAUAAAGGGCUUUAAUUUUAAUAAGAUAAAAAUUUUGCAAGUGGCAUGAUUAAAUGUUUAGAUUGGUUCCCUGGGCUUUAGGUAUGCUUUUUGCAUUUUCCAAUCUACCUUGUUUAAAACAUUAGUUUAUGAAGAUAGCUUAGUUUUACAGUUGGCACCCAUCGUUAUUAAUAAAACUAAAAAAAAAAAUUGAUCUUCAACAUACUGCCUUGUUCAGGAUCUAAAACAUGGAGCAAAAUGUGAAUGAAUUCCACCGUUGCAGCUUGCAAUGCAAGGUGUACACACAAGUUCUUUUUAAAAGUUAAUCUAAUUGCAUCAUACCUUUAUAUUUUAAGAAAGAAUAUCCUGUAAAUCUACUGCAAAGAUAUUCUAUAUUUUAUACUUAGGUCAUUCAUGCUUGUUGUGUACAUACUUGAUUUUCUUUAACCUAAACAUGGAAACUGUAUUGGGUUUUAAUAAACAAAAUUUUCCUGGGAAAAAUAAAGUAGUGAACAAUAUUUUAUACUUUUUAGUUGAGUCAGCCUGAAAUUAACAUGCUAUUGUUUUUCUUCUGAAAGGAUCAAUUUAUUAAAAAAAUAUUAACUUGGCUGUCCUGUAUGCACCAAACGUGCACUUGUUAGUUCAGCUCUAUGGGGCAUAUUGGUUUUAAAAUAACUUAAUAGCAAUUAAAUGUUUCUUGUACAACCACAUUUUUUAAAUUGCCUCAACUUACCAGAUAUGUGUUGAAUUGCUCAAGAUGCCAGUACAGUAUAAAUAUGCUUGCUGUUCUACUUAAAAGGUUGUGUUGAUCUAUGUCAAAGUUCUUAACAUUGUCACAUUACUACCAUUCAUAUUUGCAGUUACUGAUUAUUCGUAUGAACCUGUUUGGUAAAUAUGUGCUUCUGUUUACUUUUACCAGUGUUAUGAGAACUAUGUGUGUGUUAGCUUUUAUUGUUGGCAAUAAUUCUAGUCAACCUGUUGAUUUGUACACCAACCGUAAUCUGUUUUCAGCCACCAAGCCUCAUUCUUUUGUCCCUCCUUCAACCUGGUUCAUUUUUAUUAAUGGAUAGGACGUUUAUUUUGUAGCAAAUAAUUGACACAUUCCAUAUAUUUGAUCCAUAUAUUUGAGUAGAUGAUUCACACUGCUAUUGUUUUGAUGCUAAGUACUUUGUCUUGGCCACUUACUUUCAACAUCCUCCAGCUGGUGUUGUUUUUGCUAUGGUUGUUUUGUUUUGCAAGUUAAAUAAACUGUUCACAAUAA